UGAAUCAUAGUGGACCUAAGAAUAACCAUAAACCGAGUAGGUUGGUGUUGGUACUUGGUACUUGGUACUAUGUUGUCAUAAGGUUUCCCUGUUGUGGUGGGGGUUACGUGUCAGCAAUUCGGCAAUAAGCACCACUCUGGACGAUCCACGAUCAUCUACUAAAAGGAGUCAUAUCAUCGCCCCAAGCUUCAAAUCCACCCUCUGCCAAAUUACGAAGGGAAUAUUCAAUUCAGCUUCAAAUUCCGAGUUCAUCUCUGAGCUCUACACCACACACUGCAGUGGCAAUUUCUGCAAGUAAAAAUCAGAAGCGUUUUCAUAACCUAGUUGUUUGCUGUUUUGCUCCUAGUGUUUUCCUCCCUCCAUUUUCAGUAGUGUCACUACUGAAGUAAAGAUCACAACGAGUUUAUUAUAUCUCAGUCAGGUUAGAAGUUGUGCUAUGGCGGAAAGAAACCAUCUAAGCUUCAGAAUGAUCAAUGGGGAACAAGCUACUUUGUCAUCUUUGAAUUCGUUGGAAUCUGGCAGUAGUUGCUUGGCUUGCAAAUUUCUUGCUCCAAGCGAAUGGCAGAAUAUUACAGUUCAUACUGUUACGCAAUUCUCCCCUUCUCCUUUAAUCUCUUGCACAGAAAGUAUGCCUCAAGGUGCUACUGUUUCACAAAUUACAGCCGCGAAUUCAGAACAGUCAUGUGAUCAAUCAACAUCAUCUAGGGUCCUGCGAGAUGUACAUAUCGUAAGAAAUUACCUCAAAAUGUUGGCUUACAGUUUCUGUAGAUCCAUGCUGCUUGCAAACUCGUCAGCUCGGUUAAUGGAAGAUUUCCUUCAGCUUGCUAAGGACAACACAGAGAAGGAUCUUGAAACCUGUGGGACUCUUGGCGCCUUUCUUAAAAAUGAAACAUUCUACGUGACGACUCUGAUCAUACCCAAGCAGGAAUCCACUUCCAACUCUUGUCAGGCAACAAAUGACGAGGAAGUCUUUGCCAUACAAAAUGAACAAUCACUUUUUCCUGUAGGAUGGAUCCAUACACAUCCUUCUCAGAGUUGUUUCAUGUCAUCAGUGGAUUUACACACACAUUAUUCACGUCAGGUUAUGGUACCUGAGGCUUUUGCCAUUGUCAUGGCCCCAACUGAUACUUCAAGAAGCUAUGGAAUAUUCCGGCUAUCUGACCCUGGUGGGAUGAGUGUCUUGAAAAAGUGCCAAGAUACAGGGUUCCACACUCACGAAGAAACAGGAGAUGGGAGUCCCAUUUACGAGCACUGCUCCAACGUCUACACAAACUCAAAUCUGAGGUUUGAAAUCUUUGACUUGCGUUGAGAUUCUGUUUAGAAAAUGCACAAAGUUCACACUACUGACGGAUUAGGAGACAUCCAAGUCAACAUCCAUGACCUUGCCUGGCAAGUGGCAACAGAGCUUGGAUGAGGUUUUGGUACUUUAAUAAUACAGAAUUACAGAUAAACAAAAUUUUGACAGUGAUCAAGUGUUGUAUUUAUCUGUUAACAUAGUUUUGGAAAAUAGUAUCUGUUCUAGUGGCAUAAGUCUCCGGCUGUUUGUAAGCGAGACGUCCCAAGUUCGACUGUUGUGUAGACAAAAAAAAAAAAAAAAACUAAAUAUAUACAGUUUUGAAAGUAGGAAACUAUGGUUCAUUGUGCCCCUUCUUUUCAUAGAGCUGGCAAGGCAAUUAUUGUUCUAACUUGUACCUGUUGUCAUUGUCUUUGACUGCACAAAAAUGAAUACAGCAGCAAAAGCAAAGCGUCUUUAUUA